GUAUCCUCGCCACCUGCAGAAGGAUCUGGCAGCAGGGGUCCGGAGCAGGCCUUGCAAGAGCAUGACCACCAUUCCCAGUACACCAAGUUAGAUGCAGAAAGAGCACACUACCGCCGAGAGCUCUAUUCAUGGGCAGCUGCAAGAGACACGCUGCGAUUUGUUGUGUGGGUUCUUGUCGGCAUGUGUGUGGACCAGAUCUUCGACCAUUUUUCGGACAUGAAGGGGCAAAAGAAUGUGUUUGAUCUUGCCCAGUACAUAUGGCUGCUUUUGUCAUUCACCGGAAUCUACUGGGCGUUUCAGAACCAGAACUGGUGGGUGUUGGCACUGUGCACUGGAUCAUCAUUCAGCCUCUUGGGGAGAGAUUUGUCUUUGCAUCGUGAAGGCUGCUUUGGAGGCUCUCUGGAUGAUGCAUACUGGUGGACCCAGCGACUGGCGCAAUGGCUGAGCCCCUUUGUAGCAUGGAUGAUCAUGUUGACAUCGCGAGCCCUGGACCGCGUCUACGGGGUGGUUCGGCCAAGUGCGGACUCCGGGGCGGCAGACUCCUCCUGUGUCUCCCUUGUGCAAAGCAUUCUACUGGUAGUCUUCGUCUAA